GCAUAGUGCAGGCCGAGAGAGAGCGGGCUGACAGCAUGGAGCAGCGCAUACGACAGUUUGAUGCUAUGGAGCAGCGCAUGCGACAUUUUGAUGCUAUGGAGCAGCGCAUGCGACAUUUUGAGGCCUUCAUGUCCUCUACAGGAUUAUCGUUCGUAUGCCCUGGUGCUCAGCAGUCUUCACCCGCACACGUAGGUAGUACGUCAUCUGUUAGUAGUGCGCCUGCAGGUAAUGCGACAACGGUUGGUUCGUUGUCGCCUUCUGGACAAUUGCUGAGCCAACAAUCCCCUCUCGGGACUCCAUCGCCCGUUACACCAUCUCUUGCGGGACAAUCGACAGUUGGCGAGUUAGACAUUGCCAAUUACCGAAUUGAGGCCAUCGAGAUGGAAAGGGGGGCGAAUUACACAUGCAUGGGGCGGAACUUCAGUGAUUUGUGUAUGAACGACGACUCACCAGCUUUUAGCGACUGUAACAGCGAAAGAUUCGGUGAGUUUCAGACCGCUUCUUCGGAGAGCCAGCAACUCCUCAUCUCCUGCGCGGCGGAUAACUCGGACGAGCUGAUCCGCCAACUCGUCUCGAACCUAGAGUUCUGUUCGAUUGAGGAGCAAAAGUAA